AUGCAACACCUGCAAGAAUUAGAAUCUCGAAUGGAUCAGCUGAUUUCCGAAAACCGUCUUCUUCUCGCCGCCCGGGAGGCUGCUGAAGAUAAAUUGCGUCGGACUAGCGUCGCCCGUCGCAGAAGCGAUAACGCCCUGAACCGUAGCGACGCCGACCUGCGCGACCGGUCCGCGGAGGUCGAGCAGCUCCAGAAUUCAGUGGACUGGCUCCAGAAAGAAGUGGCCCGUCUGACUGAAGAAAAUGACGGGCUCCUCGCCGCCAAUACCGACCUUACCCAGUCCCAUACCCAGGAGCUCCAGACCCUGCAACAAUCGUCCACUCGCGAGCUCGGCGACCUGCGCUCGCAGCACGAACAACUGACAACCACCGUGCAAGAUCGAGUGCGGCAGGAGGUCGAGACCGCCCUGUCUCAGAAAAAUCAGGAGCUGCGCCGCCUGCGCCAGGAGCUUGAAAGCGCCCGCGAUAAGGUUCAGGAGCUGCAACAGCAGAUCGCGGCGUCAAUGAACGAUGGUGUGCUCGUCUUCCGAGACGAGGACUACUUCGACGCGGCGUGCCAGAAGCUCUGCGGUCACAUCCAACAAUGGGUGCUCCGCUUCUCCAAGCACUCGGACCACCGGCGGUGCCGCAAAUUGGGCGACCUUCAGGAUGAGAAGAUCGCCGACCGGUUCGACAACGCCGUCCUCGAUGGCUAUGACACGGAUUCCUACCUCACCGAUCGUGUCCGUCGCCGCGACGUGUUCAUGUCGGUCGUGAUGACGAUGGUCUGGGAGUUCAUCUUCACGCGCUACCUCUUCGGCAUGGACCGCGAGCAACGGCAAAAACUCAAGUCGCUGGAGAAGCAGCUGGCCGAGAUCGGGCCCCGCACCGCCGUGCACCGCUGGCGAGCCACCACCCUCACUCUGCUGGCCAAGCGACCGGCGUUCUCCCGCCAGCGGGAGAGUGACACUGAAGCGGUGGCCCUAGAGAUCUUUGAGACGCUGUCGCGUAUCCUGCCCCCGCCCACUCACGUGGAGGCGCAGCUGCUGGAAUCGCUGCGCAAGGUGCUGCGCGUCGCCGCCGCGCUGUCCAUCGAGAUGCGCACGCAGCUGGCGGAAUACAUCAUGCUGCCACCGCUGCAGCCUGAGUACGACACCAACGGGGAUCUCACGCGACAGGUCUCCUUCAACGCGGCGCUGAUGAACGAGCGCAGCGGCGAAACCACCUCCAACGAGGAACUGGAGUCCCAGCAGGCCGUGGUCCGCGUCGUCCUGUUCCCGCUAGUGGUGAAGAAGGGCAACGACCUAGGCGAGGGCGAAGACGAGGUGGUCGUGUGCCCGGCGCAGGUCCUCGUUGCCCGCCCGGAGAAAGACAAGCGGGUGGUCAAGGUGCUCAGUGGGGAUCGCAUGUCGGUUGACACGCGGUCUGUCCACAGCAUCGCCCCGUCGUCGAUGAUGGACAUGACUGGAAGCAAUAUGAUUUGA